AAAAAAAAAAAAGUCUCCCUCUUCUCUCUCUCUCCACCCAUUUCCAUGUCUCUUGCAUACAACGAAUCAAACAACAAACCAAACCUCCUGGUUAUGGAAGAAGAACAACAACAACAAAAACAAUCAACGCGAUGGCGAUGAUUGCUCCUCCUAUUGGUUAUUAGAUUAGCCUAGAUCAACACUGAAGGAAAUUAUAGCAAAGACAGAGAAGAGAGCGCUUGGGAAUUUGGCAGCCUAGAGGAUAGGAGAUGAGACCGGUUCAAUCCCCACCGGGCACGGCCGCCGCCGGCAGCAACAGCAACAGCAACAGCAACAGCAAUAGAGGGCUACGAGUGCGCAGGCAGCAGAACCUAACCCUACCCCUCCCGCAGCGAGACGCGUCCAUGGCCGUGCCUCUCCCUCUGCCCCCAUCGUCGUCCAACUCCUCCACCAGCUCUUCCGCCAACUCCACCCCGUUGCCGAGCCACGCCAACAACAGCAACGCCAUCAACUUCUCCGAGCUGGAUCGAGCCAACCGCAUCGGCAGCGGCAGCGGCGGCACCGUCUACAAGGUGAUCCACCGCCCCACGAACCGCAUCUACGCGCUCAAGGUCAUCUACGGGACCCACGAGGACUCCGUGCGCCGCCAGAUCCGCACGGAGAUCGAGAUCCUCCGGGACGUGGACAACCCCAACGUGGUCAAGUGCCACGACAUGUUCGACCACAACGGCGAAAUCCAGGUGCUCCUGGAGUUCAUGGACGGGGGGUCCCUGGAGGGCACCCACAUCCCCAGCGAGCCACAGCUCUCGGAUCUUGCCCGCCAGAUCCUCUCCGGGCUCGCCUACCUCCACCGCCGCCACAUCGUGCACCGCGACAUCAAGCCGUCCAAUCUCCUCAUCAACACGCGCAAGCAGGUGAAGAUCGCGGACUUCGGCGUGGGAAGGAUUCUGGAACAGACCAUGGACCCCUGCAACUCCGCGGUUGGGACCAUUGCGUACAUGAGCCCCGAGAGGAUCAACACGGAUCUAAACCACGGCAAGUACGAUGGGUACGCGGGGGAUAUAUGGAGCAUCGGGGUGAGCAUCCUGGAGUUCUACAUGGGCAAAUUCCCCUUCGCGGUGGGCAGGCAGGGCGACUGGGCCAGCUUGAUGGUCGCCAUUUGUAUGUCGCAGCCGCCGGAGGCACCGCCCACGGCGUCCAGAGAGUUUCGGAACUUCAUCGCCUGCUGUUUGCAGAGGGACCCAGGUCGCCGCUGGACCGCCUCGCAGUUGUUGAGGCAUCCUUUCAUUCUGAACCACAGCCGGACUCAGAGCCAGGUUCAUCAGCAACUCCAUCAGCUUUUACCUCCUCCACGCCCGCUUUCUUCUUAGUCUUUUUCUUCUUCUUCUAUCUUCUAUCUUCUAUCUUCUAUCUUCUUCCAAUUUUCCUUUUUUUUCUUCUGUUUAAUUUAUGAAUGAUAAUCAUUUCGUGUAAUUUUGAUUAUGAUGGGCAAGAUUUGAUUUUUAGGGGGAGGAUUCGGUUUUGUUC